UGUCUGUUAGCAAGGAUGUGGUCACAGGCAAAACCUCUGAAAACAGAAGUGCUACUAACUACAGUUUUCUUUAUAGCAUUUGAGGGAAAGUAUCUCCAAAGUGAAUCUGAUUUCCUUCAUGUGUGACUAAACCACAGAAAACGACAUCCAGUUUGACUCUAGGAGAAAUGCUAUUUUGAAGUCAUCAUCAGAAAGGAUUCAAUAUGACGAACUGCUCAACUGAAAGUGUGGACACUUUAACAAAGAAGCUGGAUUUGGUGAUUUACGUGCCCAUCCUGGUGUUCGGCUUGGCGUUAAACAUUAUGGCCUUGGUGGUGUUCUGCAGGCUGCUCCGAAAAUGGACAGAGUCUUCAAUCUACAUGACUAAUCUGGCACUGAUGGACCUGCUGCUGCUGCUUCAGUUGCCCUUCAAAAUGCACGCAGCGCACCACGAGUGGGCAGAAGACAAGAAGUUGCUCUGCUCCUUCCUGGAAAGUCUUUAUUUUGUGGCUAUGUAUGGUAGUAUCUACACAAUUGCAUGCAUAGCACUAGACCGAUACUUCGCCAUAAACUACCCGUUUCGUGCCAAGCUGUUGCGCUCGAAAAAAAACGCCUUGAUUGUUUGUGUGUUCAUCUGGCUGUUUGUGAUGGCAGCCACUUCACCCAUUUACACCUUCGGCAGAGAAAAGACUGGUAAUUUUACAUGUUUUCAUGGUUUUUCGAAUAAAGGUUGGAGCACUGCACUAAUUGUGUGCCUGGAGGUCUUUGGUUUCCUGUUGCCUGCCGCAGUACUGGUGGUUUGUUCGAUUCAGAGCAUCCGUACACUCAAAGCCUCAAAAAGCACCAACCCUAAGAAGCAAGCUGGUGUGAGAAUCAUCUAUAGCAGCCUCGCUGCCUUCCUAGUGCCCUUCACUCCUUGUCACGUGGCCAUAUUUCUCCAGUAUUUAGUCCGAAACGGCCACAUUUUAGACUGCAAAAAGAAGCAGGACAUCGCUCUCUUCAUACAGGUCUCCAUAAACAUUGCAAACGUGACCUGCUGCUUGGACGCACUGUGUUAUUAUUUCAUCGCCAAGGAAGUUCGAUCCACCAAGGAUUCACUCAAACUGUCCAUUAGCAGAGGCAGAACCACCAGCAGCUCAGAUGUCUGAUGAGCCAAAUCCAUUAUAUUAUACUUUCACAGAGUGUGUUGAUGGUCUUCCAGUGGAAGUAAAGCCACGGCCACAAAAUCUUGUACAUUAAAAAAGUCCACAUUGCAGUGAUGCUUCAAGCACACAUCGCAAAGGAAUUCAAAGGAAAGCAUCAUUUUGGUCACCUCAGGAAUUUUACCAGACUCACCCGAAUCCAGGGAGAAAUGAAGCAAAUAUUUUGCCUUGGCACUAAAUUCCAGACCAUGUGGAUUUCUAUUGAAAUUGCUGGAUUUUACAAAAAUUGCCAUACAACUGUAAAUGUGAGCAAGCCUUAGGAAAUGUCCAGCAGUGAUUCAAGACUGACUUCCUAGGUUAUUGAGGUUUGGCAAAUACAUUUUGGACAU